AUGCCUCAGCACAGGCAGGUCUCGAUCAAACAGGACGAGGUACUCAAUGCCAGUCUGCACAUGACCUGCAACCUGAAGAGACACUACACGACUCCAGCCAUGUUUGUAAAAGCUGCCGAGCACCAACAGCAUGGUAGUGGGUGUACUCUGUAACGAGAGAGGGUGGUUGUGAGAGGAAGUGA